AUGGCAACAUCUAAGUUUCGAUUCUGCAGCAAACAGACGAAGUGAAAACUGUAAAAACGGAAGUGAACCUGAAGCUGUUGAUAUAUCGCUGAUGUUUAUAGUUACUCUGAGACCUCCAGGUUAACUAACUGUGUGAAGUGAAGUCUGUGCUGCUGAUGUCUGGAACGAUCUGCAGUUUUUUCUCUUCUCUUUAUAUGAGAAACCCCUACUUUGGAAUGAGAGGCCUCAGCAACUACCAUCUGUCCUGCUGUGUGAACACGCUGCUCCAGACCUUCUCUGCUACCUGGGAAAUAGGAGACCUACUAGACAAGUGGGAAGCAGCUGGCGUGAGAGAUUACGGUGGUAACGUCCCGCUGCAGCUAAAGAAAGUCCUCACGGCCAUGAAGAGUGACCACCCUGAGCCUGCUCCCCAUUUGGACUUCCUCCACUCUCUGGACAGGAACUGCUUACGACUUAGUAUACAGCAUGAUGCUGACGAGGUGUUCCUCUCCAUCCUGAACCUCCUGCAACAGCAGAUGGAUAACAAACCUCUGGCUCUUGAAAUCCAGAAUCUGUACAAGAUUCCUGUGGAGACGUACCUGCAGUGUUUAGAGUGCAGCUCCGUCCAGACUCUGAGCAGCUUCCUGCUCAGCCUGCCUCUGCGUGUGAAAGAAGAUCACGAUUCUCUGGAGGACUGCAUGACCUCUUUCUUUGAGCAUCAGGAGCUGAGGGGCAUAAAUUGCUGCUUUUGUGAACAAUGUGAAAGGAAGACUCCAUCUAAACAGGGUGUCAAACUGCUCUCCCUGCCUCAGAUCUUGUGCGUGCAUCUGAAAAGAUUUCGGAAUAGCCGCGGUUCCACCCGGAAACUUGAUUGCAGGGUUACUUUUCCAGAAACAUUUGACUUCUCUGAGACUCACAAAGACGCGUUCUCCUCAGACUUUUCCCAGAAUGACUGCAAGUACACGCUGCAUGCAGUGGUAGUGCACUCUGGAUAUGCAAUGUUUGGGCACUAUACUGCCUACGUUCGCCACAGGGGGAACCAGCGCUGGUACUACGCAGAUGACAGCCACGUACGACAGGCCUCCUGGGAAGACGUGACGAGAACAUAUGGAGGACAUGGCAGAGCCACAGCAUACAUGUUAAUGUACAGAAGAGGUUCGAAAGAGGAGGGACAACAACCUGAACUUUCCGGCUGAGUGGGUGUACGCAGAUGAAUUAUACCUGGGGUCAUGGUGCAAUAUAUUGGAUUAACAUAAAAACUACAUGAAUUUUAAGGAGUAUAACUUAUUUACUUUUCAUAAUUUAGUAUAUCUUUUGAUUGUAUUGUACGUGGUGAAGGGUUUUAAAUAGGACUGUCAAAUUUAAGGUGAUAAUAACACGUUAACAUUCAUUGAUUUUAACGCCACUAAUUUCUUAAUGCAUUAACUCAAUCAAUCUUUCAGAGGUUGUAGCAGGCACGAUUUUAAAAAACCUAAGGAAUCCAUCAAUACCA